AUGCUCGGUGCCGAUGAUCCACAAAGUGUGUUGAGCAGCGGCUUAGCACCGCUGUUCGACUGGAAGGCACUGAGCCAACCGUGCCACCUUGAUUUUCAGCAGUUCUUGGACAGCCUUUGCAUCUCGCCUUUAGCCCCUCCAGCAGUCUUGGAGGUGGCUCGAAAAGCUGCAGCUUUUCCAUAUCCUCCUCACUGGUCCGAGGAGAUCGAUGCUGCUUCAGGUGCUCUCUACUUCUAUCACCAGUUGCGUGAUGAGUCAUCCUGGCAGCAUCCACUGACGGAAACAAUCCAGGAGGUGCUGCAGCAGGUGAGCUCGUUCGUUGCCGACCAACUGGAGCUGGACCAGGUGGCAUGCCGAAUCGAAGCUAUCUUGACCGAGAUCCAGGCUCGAGCAGCUGCUGAACUGCAGCAGUGGGUCGGGCCUCUUGGAGAGCCGGGCUGUGAACAGUACUACUACAACAGUGUGACCGGCUGCAGCGUCUGGGAAGAUCCCUGCGAGCGCUGGAGAUAUGACGUUCAUGUCCGCUACGACCUGCUCGUAGGCCCCGGAACGGCCUUGUGUCGACCAGUUGCGGAUCAGUACAGGGCAGGUUUCUCGCAGAUCCUGGGCCACCGGAUUGCCGUUCUCUGGUGUGCUGGCACUGAUUAUCAUCUGGCCUAUGAUUACAUGCUGGAAGGACUUCGUCAUGCUCUUUUGACCAUCAUGAGCCAUCUUGGCGUGGAUGCUAUUCGAUGCUUGGGUGCCUUGGUAGAUCUCUUGACUUCGUUGAAGUGCGACCAAGGCGAGCCGGUGCUCACAGGACAGCCGGGGAACAUUGCUCGUUCUUUCCAGGAUGCUGUGUGCAUUUGCCCUUUCGAGCAUGCUCGGGUUCUGGAGGGUUCUCAGAUUUUGGCUUCAUUCUGUGAGCCCGGCAGUGCGGCAUUGUACGCCCUCGAGUUCUAUCGCGAUUGCACCCGGCGCUAUGUCGGCCAGGAUCUGGCUCCCGUUCUCGUCGAGCAUCAUGUUAGGCGGCGGGCCGAUAGAUCAGCCGCUUUUGCGGCAGCCAGACCAGAGGCUCGUGAGGAGUCGCUUCGAUCUUUGCGCUCGGACUUCUUGGCUAGUCAUGAGAAUAUUUCCGCGGCGGCCGCAUCCUUCAAGGAUGCUUUUCCGGUGGGGGAUCUGGCACAAGUCGUUCCCGAGGGCAAUCGGGAGUUGCGUCCCUGGCGUUUGGACGACCCAGAAGCUUGGGGGGAUGUUUUACUUUUGAGCUGCUGGUUUAUGUUGCGCGAGAUUGAGCUUGGUGGGCUUCGCCGCGACCAUUUGUAUUUGGAUAAUGCACAUGUUCAUUUGUUGCUGCCUGUUUCCAAGAUGGAUUCUUCGGGAACAUUAUGUGUUCGGAGCCUGAAGUGUGCCUGCCGAAUCAAGCGCCAGAGGCUGUGCCCUUACGAGGCGGCUGUGAGGCAUUUGGAGCGUGUUCGACUUUGGGAGGCCGAGCACAAGACCAGAGCCGUUUUCGCGGUUCCGGCGGCAGACGGGAUGGAGCUUCCCAAGGACCAGGUCAUUAGGGGUUUCUUUUCGGCUUUGCAGAGAGCAGGGAUUCAGCUCCAGCGGCCGGAUGAGAGCGGCCGUUUGAUCGACCGUUUUCAAGGCCACUGUGCCCGAGUUUCCGGGGCACAGUGGCUUAUCAGUAUGGGCCUUUCUUUGAGUCUGGUUCAAAUCCUGGGGCGGUGGUCUUCUUUUGCUAUUCAGCGAUAUGUUCAGAGUGCACCACUGGCUCAGGUACCAGCAGCAGCAUCAGGCGUUUUGGCACAGGAUGCUAGCGUGAACAUCGCGAUUGAUGCCAGGACAGGCAUACAAGUCAACAUUCAAGACGACGCCAGGUCUGGCGACCAUCAAGGCGAUCGGGAGAGAUCACCUAGGCCAGCUCGGCGGCGUGAGCCGCGCCAGCCGAUUGCAUCUUUACAAGAUUCGGUUGCUCAGCAGGCCGAGGCGAUUGUGGAAGUUCGGUCCGAGCUGGAGACUUUGAAGAAGGCCGUGGAGCCACCACCACAGCAGUACAUUAGGCGACCGCGGACUGGCAAGAUUCAUAGGAUUGCUGUGGAAGAAGGGGCCAAUGCUCCCAAGCAUUGGCGCACCGGCUGUGGCUGGCCAUAUGCUUUUCGCUACUUCGAUCGUGUUACCAGUGAGAUGAACAUCCAUACCCUCACUCGUCGUCGGCUCGUGGAGAUUCUCAAGGCUCGGUGUGAUGCGGCCGAUAUCCCGCCGAGCAGGACGGAGAAGCAAGGGCAGCGGGCCCCUUUGCAUUUUGGCGAGCUCAGCCAAAACCAUGAGAGACGUGCGGCGCUGCAUGGCUUUCAGUUUGAUCUUCAGGCUUCUUUCAUCAUAGGCAAUGUCGUUUUGACUUACCUUGAGGAACGCGGCAUCAAGUCAGUGCGGGCAUUAGCCUUGGUGGCCAACGACGUGGCGACUUUCGACGAGAUCAUUUGUCAGUACAUGUGGAAUUUGGCCAACGAGUCCAGGUCGUUCCAGGCGAAUCGCGAGGUGAAUCCUCUCGCCAAGAAGCCCAGGACGAGCAAGUUGUCAGUGGAGGACGGGCAAUUGCGAGAGGAAGGGGACAGGGACGAUGAUUGGGUCCCCAAGGGACUUAUGUCUAUCUUGGAUGGGCUUCGGUCCAUCAAAUGGCUCUACAUCCUCGUGGAGAUGGGGCCUGAGGCUCAGAUCAGGCGCUACUUUGAGUUCAUGGUCCUCAGGGCGCGCAGCCGCCAGAACAAGGUGGAACAAUUCCGGACUUAUUUCGAGGCGGCUUCAUGGAAGCUGUGUGGCUUCAUGCGUGCCAAGAAGACCUUCACCGAGGCCAGCGAACUCGUCACGGCGGACCUUUCAUCUUUCCAGGAGCACAUGAUGCGCGAGGCGUCGGUCGCUGAUCCUGGCAACCGACGGCGCCAGGUUACGGAUGGUGCAGGUCUCGGGAAUACUCCCACCAAGGCCCCCCGGCUCAAGGGCGAUUCCAAGGGUGACAAGGGUCGCAAAGGGCUUGAUCAUCACACCGGCAAGGGCUUCGACCAUUCUGGCAAAGGCUACGGCUCCAAGUCUGAUGGCAAAGGUGGCAAGGACAUCCCGUGGAGGCCCCAGUGGCAUGCCAAUCCAGUUUGGCGUCGCCCCGGCGCCGGGCGGGGUAACCGGCCGUUGACGGGUUCGGCUGACGAUGCUAGCUUUUCUUUUCCUCCACAACCUCCGCUUCCCAGCGCCUUGGCAACAUCGGCGAGCUCCUCGACACCGUUGGCGAAACCAUCAUUGCAGCUUCGCUUACCACCUUUGCACCUGGAGCGCGAUGUCGUGCUGCUUUCAUUCUUCGAUGGAUUAGGCUCGGCUGCUUAUGCUUUGGCGAAUCUGGGUGUUGGAUUGCGGGCCCUCAUUGUUUGGGAGACUGAUGAGCAUGCCAUCAAGGUCAGCCGCAGGCUUUUCAAGGGCUUGCGCUACGACCGAGGUGACAUUGAAUCAGAUAAUGCAUCUGAUCUCGCCGCCAUGCUGACGGCUUUGGAUCCCGACAAGAAGGUCCUGAUCCUGGCUUGUGCCGGGCCGCCGUGCCCCGACUACUCGCGCAUCAAGGCUUCAGGCGCUGGCAGGCAGGGCGCGACAGGCAGAUUGUUCCAGGUCUUUUGCGCACUCAUGACCGAGCUGGAGUCGUUGAUGCAGGGCUGGCAGUUCGAACUGCUAGUGGAGAACGUUGUGAUGCAACACACUCCUGACGUCGACUACUUUAGUCGGCAACUUCGUGCCGAUGCCCUGAUCUUGGAUGGAGCGGCUUUCGGUUUGAUCAGCAGGCCACGGGUGUGGUGGACCCGUAUCGAUUGGUCCAGAUUGAAAACCAACCCGGUGACUCAGGCACCCUUCAAGUGGACGAGACAUCAAGGCCUCAAGAAGCUCAUCCCCGAGGUUCCCAAGGAUAAUCAUUCUGACAUUGUCAUGCCCGGAUUGCGCUUUCAUGAUAGUAUUACCCGAGGGGAGAAGCUGCUACCUUGCCUAGUCACGCCAGCCCCGUCCGAGGAAGGACGUGAGCCUCCACGUGCGAUGAAGGGUAAGGUUGAUUCAGCCACCCAUUCUCGGUGGCUUGCGGGGUUACGGCAGUAUCCCCCGUGGAUCUAUGAAGAGUCCGCAAUGGUGCGGAGUAGUCAGAAUGAGCUCAUGGUGUUGCCUGUCGAAUUGAAGGAGCAACUCCACCACUUUGCAGCAGGAGUCACCCGCAUGCCAGAUGUGCCGCCCAGAUCUCGGCACCGUUUGAUGGGCAACUCGUGGCACGUCGGCUGCGCCACUUUUCUUUUGCACUGUGUGCUCUCACCGUACAGUGUGAGUCCGGCAGGUGAGCCGAGCGAUGCUCCCCCGACGAGCGCCCUGCAAGGGGCAAUCGAGCAGUCGAAGAAAUCACCAUUGUCAGUCAGUAGACAUGUUGAGUUACAACCAGCGAUUUUACCGCCCAUUCGCGAAGAGUGGGAACAUUGGGUUGCCAGCCUUCAUGUCGAACACCCUUUGCUGGCCCCGCCUAGACUCCCUGAUUCAUUGGAGACUGUUUACCAUCGCUUGCAGCAUUUCCAGGGUGAUAUCGAUUCUCAUCGUUCUGCGAUUUUGUCAGAGGUUCAACAACGGAUCACAAAUCGGGCCGGGGAAACCGAGAUCUGGUUUCGUUCCCUCACCCCACACAUUCAGGCUGCAUAUGAUCUCGGUGAUGGGAAACGAGUUCAGAUACCCAUUUUUCUCGAAUUGCUCCGAGGCUGUGGAUAUCCGGACGCGGAGGCGGAGCUGCAGGGCGGCAUGCCCAUGUUGGGCGACCUCAGGCCAACAGCGGGCUGGUUGCCGCGCUGUGAUGAGAAAUACAGCCACCCCAUAAAUAUGCAGACUUUCGGCAAGCUUAAUCAGGGACAUGUUCGAGAUCGUUUGCAGCAGGGCCGCGUCGAUGCUGAGUGGUCUGUCAUGUUGCAGGAAAUUUCGGAAGAGGUUCGCAAGGGACGCAUGCAGGGGCCAUUUAGUGCCCCAGCAUCCUGGAACGUUCAGUGCACUUCCUGUUCAGAGGUUACUGGUUUCAGCGAGCUUUUACCUUGUCCGACUGAGACUCCUGCAGUGGCGUGGGCGUUCUCGGUAGUCCAAGUGGGCUCCGAUGGGCGUCGCAAGGUGAGACGUUGUGAAGACUGGAGACGAUCGUAUCAUAAUAGCACAGUUUCGGCAUACGACAUACCGCCUCACGACGAUGUCAGUCAGUACAUCGCGAUGGUCCGUUAUCUUGCCGCGCGAGGCAUUUCGCCUUUGAUCUGGGCUCAGGACUUGGAGGCGGCUUAUCGCCAGUACCCGGUGUCUGAUCCGAACCAGUGUUUCGUCUUGCUGAUGACACCACAAGGACCAACCUUGUGGCGACAUUAUGUGAUGCCUUUUGGAGCCACUUCUUCUGUUUUUCAUUUCAAUAAGGCCACUGAUGCAUUAUUGUGGUUGGCUCGGAGCCUGUUUUGGUGUCCGUGCAUUCAUUUCGUGGACGAUCUCGGCAGCGUCGAUCCUUCAGACAGCUCACAGUCUGGUUUCUCCACUUUCAGGGAGUUCUGUUCGGCUUUAGGGUUUCGCUUGAAGCUUUCCAAGGAGCAACCUCCCGGUGCACGACAGAAGAUUCAGGGUGUUUUCAUUGAAAUCACGGAGGACGCUGUCUCGGUUCAACCAGAUCCACACAGACUCGAGAAGCUUCGAUCUGUCAUGGAGACAGCUCUGCAAGAGGAUCGCCUUCAGGUGGAGUGUGCCUCUAGACUUGCGGGCAAGUUGCAGUUUCUUUGUACAUCGCUCUACGGCAAGGUGGGGCAAUCAUUGCUUCACCCGCUACAUGCGCGUGCUAGCGCACCAGCCGUUGCAGAGGUGACCCUGAAUAGUGCUUUGAGAGCCUCUUUGCGAUGCCUGCUGACGUUGCUAGCCGAGGCGCCUCCCAGGACACUGCCGUUUCAAUCCUCAGAGCCGGUUUCAGUUUUGUACGCCGAUGCAUAUUUCGAGCUUGGUACCACCCGUUGGAUGGUCUCUUCCCCACAAGUUCCCAAACGAUGGCCAAUGGACAAGAUUCACCUCUGCAAGAAUGGCCUAG